GUCCCUUAUCUACCUGCCCCGGACCCCCGGUUGGUCAUCAGCACUGCAUAAUGUGCAUUAUAUGUACAGAUCAAUCGGCCUGUCUCGAUGCUCUUUCCAUCGCUGCCGUCGUGCAGGGGAGACUCGGGGAGGAGCUUGUUGCCGCUGGCGUUGACUUGCGCAGGCGCAGGAAGAAGCUCCUCUCCUAUCCGAGAUGCCGCCGCCGCCGCCCGCGCCGCCGACCAUCCGCCUGGGCCCCCCGCACCCGUACCUGAAGACCCACGGGAGCAAGGUCGCGAGGCUGCACCUGUUCGACUGGGUCGUGCUGGCCCUUCUCGUCGCCAUCGACGUGGGGCUCAACCUCAUCGAGCCGUUCCACCGGUUCGUCGGCGCGGACAUGAUGGCCGACCUCCGGUACCCCCUGAAGCGCAACACCGUCCCCGUCUGGGCCGUGCCGAUAUACGCAGUCAUCGGGCCGAUCAUCAUCAUCGUCGGGAUCUACAUGAAGCGGCGGAACGUCUAUGACAUGCACCAUGCCAUUCUAGGCCUUCUGUUUUCCGUGCUCAUCACCGGCGUCCUGACCGACGCGAUCAAGGACGGAGUUGGCCGGCCGCGCCCCAAUUUCUUCUGGCGCUGCUUCCCUGACGGGGUGCCGAAGUUCAACAACAUCACCACACAAGUCAUAUGCCACGGCGACCCGGCUGUGAUCAAAGAAGGGCACAAGAGCUUCCCCAGCGGCCACAGCUCAUGGUCCUUCGCUGGGCUAGGCUUCCUGUCGUGGUACCUGGCCGGGAAGAUCAAGGCGUUCGACCGGCGCGGCCAUGUGGCCAAGCUCUGCAUCGUCCUCCUGCCGCUGCUGCUGGCGACCAUGGUCGCCAUCUCGAGGGUGGAUGACUACUGGCACCACUGGCAGGAUGUGUUUGCCGGUGGAAUACUGGGUUUGGUGGUUGCGUCCUUCUGCUACCUGCAGUUUUUUCCCCCACCGUCUGGUGAACCAGGAUUUUGGCCUCAUGCGUACUUUGAGCACAUUCUUAACCCCGAGGCCGAGGACCCAGUGCAGUCGACAACCAACUCGAAUCACCGUCGAUCACUGUCCGGAGGACCAGUGGCAAUGGAGAUGGGAAACGUAAACCAAGAACUGGGCUCCAUGGAAGAAGGCCGCCGAGCUCGGUGACCUGCUGUCUGCCGGUGUUGCCGUUACGAAUAGAACCGAGUCCAUUUCGUAUUUCUCUUUUUUCCCCUCAUUGUACGUUUGAUAGAUGUUUUUGAUCUGUAUAAUAGCGUCUUGUAAAUUAAAAUUAGGUGAAAAGCAUCAUGGAUUCAUCCACAAUGUUGGUAUGUUUGAGGU